UUUAGGGUGGAGUCGAUGGGUCCAGGGUCGGAGGUCAUGGCGGAGCUCCCGUCUGGUCUGUUGGAGGCGUGUGUCGUUGUCGGAGCGUCCAGCGAAAAGCUCCGAGACAUUUACCAGAACAAGUCAAGCGAGCUCCCCCUGCUGGAGGCUGAGGUACUGCAGAUCCAUGCUCCGCCCUUCAUUUCCAAGGAGACCAACUCCAGGCAAGUCAUGGCUCCAGCUUUCAGCCGUGUCCAAAAGAGGAGGAGCUUCAUCAAAAAGAAGAGGCACGAUCGCGGUACGGACCCGCUGCCUAAUGGAGACUCUGUGACCCGUCCUGAAGGAACCUCCACGACCGAGGACAUCAGCGUUCCAAAGGAUCUGGACCUCAUCGCUCUGCCACAGCUCUGUUUCCCUGGCGGUCUUCAGCUGGCCGGUGAUCAGAGAGACGACAGCUACCACUACCUGGUAUUCACUGAUCUGUUUGGGAAUCGAACCCACGGCGUUGUGGUGCAGUACUACAGAGCGGUGCAGUCUUUUCAUGAGAGUCUCGUCCAGAACGGCAGCAGACCGAAGACUCGUCUGUACGCGGCGUUCGCCGUGUGCAUCAUCUCCAAGUUCCCUUUCUACCACGCUCUGAGAGACUCCCUCUCAUGUCUGCUUGUCCAGCUACGGACUUCAAGACAAGGAGACUUUGAGGAAACGGUGAAGGAGUUCUCUGCUAAGCUGUCUCUGGUGCCGCUGCCUCCUCCAGGGUCGCUUCAUGUGUCUUUCAGCCUGCGUCCUCUUCAAGUUCUUCUCCCGUCCAGAGAGGAUCCAGACAGUCCUCUGGUGGACAUGGACCUCCAUCUGCCGCUGUUGUGCUUCUCCCACACGGCUCUGCUUCAGGUGCUCUCCUGUCUUCUCCAAGAACAGAGGAUGGUCUUCUUCUCAUCUGAUUGGUCCAAGCUCACUCUGAUAGCAGAGAGUCUGCUGCUAUACCUGCAGCCGUUGUCAUGGCAACACCCUUACGUUCCUGUCCUGGCCAGAGGAAUGCUGGACUUCCUGAUGGCGCCCACCGCCUUCCUGAUGGGCUGCCACAUCAGUCAUCUAGAAGACGUUGCUGCUGAGACGGAGGAUCUAAUUCUUGUAAAUAUUGAUGAUGGUAUCGUUCAGUCGUCUUGGUCUGAUACUGUAGACCUUCCCUCCAUCCCAGCGGCUGCAGCUGAAAGCUUUUUAUCCAGAGCCGAGUGCCUUCAGAUUCAUUACGACUUGGACUCGUGUCACACGGGAGCCACUACUGACGUCAACGCUGCUCGGUCGCAGCGCAGAGACUGGCAGAGACGGCUCAACACUCAGAUACAAAACAUCGCGCUGGAGCUGGUGGUCAACACCUUCAGAGGCGUCCAGGACUUCCUGAACCACGAACACAGAGUCUUCAACAGUGAAGAGUUUCUGAGAACCAGAGAGCCUGCAGACCAGCUGUUCUACAAGAAGGUUUUGGAAACCCACAUCUUCCACACGUUCCUGCGAGACCGGCUGAACAGGAAGCUGGAUGCCUUUAGUCGCAUGGAGCAGAAAACUCUCAACCUUUCGCACAGGAAUCGUGCAAUGACGGAGUCUCCCCGCCGCCCCCCGCUGCCUAAAGUGACCAGGAGCGGCUUCAGGACCCACACCAGCCCAAAGCUAAGCAAACGACUGGGCGCCAGCCUCCCCAACCUGGAUCAGCCUCUCAACGAUACCAUGGCGUCUUUGGUCCUGAACCGCCACAGACCUCAGUCGGUCCGGAAAAUGACUCCUGACGUGGGACUGAAAUCCCCCCCGAAGGUCGUGAGGGUCUUCCGCCUCCCGGAGUUCCCCCCGCCGCUGUCCUAUCAUUACGUCAAAAACUAUUACUCUGACAUGGCUGCAGCGCUGGGGAAGGCGCUCAAUGCCACACCUCCUGACGAGUCCGCUCUGCUGGCCAGGUACCAUUACCUGCGGGGUUUGGUGAACACCGUCUCCAACAGGCACCUCGACGCGCUGGAGGAUUUUCAGAGUCUUUAUAAGACAGAUGCAGAAAUUUUCCCUUCUCAGAUGGUUAAGUCUCUGGUUGACUCCAUGCCAAACGUGGAACGCAUCCAGGCAGAAAAACGGCCUGAGAUCAAAGGUCUCAUCAGCCGAGUCAUCCGGGACCAGGAGCGGGAACGCGAGGGCCAGGAGAACCGGUCUGAGGAGGCGGCCGUAAAGCACUUCCAGCUGCCAAAGAAAUACCUGCAUCUGGAAGAGUUUGUGAAAUGCGUCCAGGAAUCUGGGAUCGUAAAAGACCAGGGGACCAUUCUAAGACUCUUUGAUGCUCUGACUGUAGGUCAUCAGAAACAGGUCGGUCCAGAUUUAUUCAAGGACUUUUACACCAUUUGGAAGGAGACUGAAGCUGAAGCUCAGGAGGUUUGUCUGCCAGCAUCUGUGUUGGAGCGCAUCGAGACUGGGGAGAGCGUCUUCAAGCUAUCGUCAUCAGUCAAGACGAGCCAUGGCGUUGGGAAGAUCGCCAUGACUCAGCGCCGGCUCUUUUUGCUAACCGAUGGACGACCGGGAUACGUGGAGGUAGCUCAGUACAGAGAUCUGGAGGAGGUGAAGGUUUCUUCAGCGCCUUUCCUGCUCCUGAAGAUACCCAGCCUGAAGCUGCGAGUGAAGGGAAAGAAGGAAACGUUUGAGGCUAAUUUAAAAACCGAGACUGAGCUGUGGAACCUCAUGAUCAAAGAGAUGUGGGCCGGACGCUUCAUCGCCGAUCAACACAAGGACCCUCAGUACAUGCAGCAGGCUCUGACCAACGCCCUGCUGAUGGAUGCGGUGGUGGGCUGCCUGCAGAGCAGUAAGGCCGUGUACGCGGCCUCCAAGCUGGCUCACUUUGACAGAGAAGAAGUUCAGCUGACUCUGCCCAAGACGACCACGGAAACACUGAAGCACAAAAUCAACCCGUCACUGGAGCUCGCCGCUCCUCAGACCAUAGAAGUACUGUAUUACACACUAGGGCAGCUGUGGGUGUCUCUGGGGGGAGGGACGGUGAUGGUGUUCGACGCCUCCAGCUGGUCGCUCACGCACACGGUUCAGGUCGGGAAUGCCAGGCUGAGCUGCAUGCUAGCAGUGACUGAGGAUCAGGUGUGGAUGGGCUCUGAGGACUCGGUGAUCUACAUCAUCAGCGUGCUGUCCAUGGUCUGUAACCGACAGCUGACCGACCACAGAGCCGAGGUCACGGGUCUGGCGCUCGACCUGGAUAAGUACAG